AUGCUUGAUUUGUCAGUGAAAUUAAACUUGAAAAUUAGAGAUAUAAAUGAAUUGAUAACUUGUAUUCUUGAAUAUAUGAAUGAAACUGCAUCAACUAAAAAAUUAAGUUAUCCAUUAAAAACUGGUAAAGAACAAUAUCGUAUAUUAACUACUGGUGAUCAAAUAAUUGAUAAGAUUAUUGGAGGAGGCAUUUAUAAUAAAGGCAUUACAGAAAUUGUUGGUGAAAGUUCAGUUGGUAAAACACAAUUAUGUUUGCAGUUGUGUUUAACGGUUCAAUUACCAAUAGAAUUUGGAGGAUUUGCAGGAGGGGCAGUUUAUGUGUCUACAGAAAGCCGAGGAUUUCCAUUGGAGAGAUUUAAUCAAAUAAUGGCACAGAUAAAGAAUAAAUACAAUAUAACAAAAAGUUUAGAUAUGGCAAAGGAAGUUUAUUAUAUUUCAAUAUUGGAUAUUUACAAACAAGAUCACAUAUUAAAUUAUCAAUUAUCAGAAAUAUUAGACAAGAGAAAUAUUAAAUUGAUAAUAAUUGAUUCAAUUACUGCUAAUUUUAGAUUGUUAAAUGUAAAAAAUAGAUCAAAAGAAAUUUAUAAACUAGGAAUCAAACUUAAAGAAAUUAGUAAAGGUAAUAAAAUCCCUGCAUUAGGAUUAGCUUGGAAUAAUACAAUAAAUGCAAGGAUAAUGUUAGCAAGACCUCAAAGAAACUUAACAGAUUAUGGAGUUGUUAAUGAUAAUAGAUUGAGAACUAUCUCUCUAUUAAUUUCACCUUAUGCACCUAGAAAUUAUGGUGACUUUUAUAUAGAUAAUACUGGCAUUCAUGGUUUUCUAUGCAAAGAGAAAAACUAA